AUGAACCUCAACAGGUCCCCAGAGGAGACCCCUGAGAGAGACUCAGGGAGAACAGGAUGGAAGCCCACGGUGAGAGAUGCUUUCAAAGAUAUUUCCAUAUACUUCUCCAAGGAAGAAUGGACAGAGAUGGGAGACUGGGAGAAAAUCCGAUAUAGGAAUGUGAAAAGGAACUAUGAAGCACUGAUUACGAUAGGUCUCAGAGCCCCUCGACCAGCUUUCAUGUGUCACCGCAGGCAGGCCAUCAAACCCCAAGUAGAUGACACUGAGGAUUCUGAUGAAGAAUGGACGCCAAGGCAGCAAGUCAGACCUUCUUGGGUGGCAUUCAGAAUGGAGCAGAAUAAACACCAGAAGGGAAUACCCAGGGCGCCAUCAAGUAAUGAAUCUAGUUUGAAGGAAUUAUCAGAAACAGCAAAGUUGCUGAACACAAGUGGCUCAGAGCAGGGCCAGAAACCAGUGUCCCCUCCUGGAGAAGCAAGUACCUCUGGACAUCACUCCCUACAAAAAUUGGAACUCAGGAGAAAGGACAUUGAAGUAAAGAUGUAUAGUCUACGAGAAAGAAAGAGCCUUGCAUACCAAGAGGUCAACGAGCCCCAGGAUGAUGACUACCUCUAUUGUGAGAAGUGUCAGAACUUCUUCAUUGACAGCUGUGCUGUUCAUGGGCCCCCUACAUUUGUAAAGGACAGUGCAGUGGACAAGGGGCAACCCAACCGCUCAGCCCUCACUCUGCCCCCUGGUCUGAGAAUCAGACCAUCAAGCAUCCCUCAGGCUGGGCUUGGAGUAUGGAACGAAGCAUCUGAUCUGCCACUGGGUCUACACUUUGGCCCCUAUGAGGGCCAAAUCACAGAAGAUGAAGAGGCAGCCAACAGCGGAUACUCCUGGUUGAUCACCAAAGGGAGAAACUGCUAUGAGUAUGUGGAUGGAAAGGAUAACUCUUGGGCCAACUGGAUGAGGUACGUGAACUGUGCCAGGGACGACGAGGAGCAGAACCUGGUGGCCUUUCAAUAUCACAGGCAGAUCUUCUACCGAACCUGCCGGGUCAUCAGGCCAGGCUGCGAAUUGCUGGUCUGGUAUGGGGACGAGUAUGGCCAGGAGCUGGGCAUCAAGUGGGGAAGCAAGUGGAAGAGCGAGCUCACGGCAGGGAAAGAACCAAAGCCAGAGAUACAUCCAUGUCCUUCCUGCUCUCUGGCCUUCUCCAGUCAGAAAUUCCUCAGCCAACAUUUGGAACGCAAUCACCCUUCUCAGAUCUUCCCACAAAUAUCUGCAAGAGAAUAUUUCCAACCAGAGGAUCCCUGCCCAGGCGAUCAGAAUCAGCAGCGGCAGCAACAUUCUGAUCCACAGAGCUGGAGUGACAAAGCUAAAGGUCAAGAGGUCAAAGAAAGUUUCAAACCUUUGCUUAAAAGCGUAAGGCAGAGAAGAAUUUCAAGGGCCUUUUCCACCCCAUCCAAAGGACAAACGGGGAGUUCUGCAGUGUGUGAGGGAAUGGUGGACGAAGAGCCCAGCACAGGCCAGAAAUUGAAUCCAGAGGAGACAGGAAAAUUAUUCAUGGGGGUAGGAAUGUCAAGAAUUAUAAGAGUCAAAUACAGAGGCUGUGGGCGAGGCUUCAAUGAUAGGUCACAUCUCAGCAGACACCAGAGAACACACAAAGAGGAGAAGCCCUCUGUUUGCAAGGACUUGAGGAGAGAGUUCAGUCAUAAGUCAGUCCUUAUUACACACCAGAGGACACACACGGGGGAGAAGCCCUACGUUUGCAGGGAGUGUGGGCGAGGCUCUACACAGAGAUCACAUCUCAUCACACACCAGAGGACACACACAGGGGAGAAGCCCUACGUUUGCAGGGAGUGUGGGCGAGGCUUUACACAGAGAUCACAUCUCAUCACACACCAGAGGACACACACAGGGGAGAAGCCCUACGUUUGCAGGGAGUGUGGGCGAGGCUUUACACGGAGAUCACUUCUCAGCACACACCAGAGGACACACACAGGGGAGAAGCCCUACGUUUGCAGGGAGUGUGGGCGAGGCUUUACACGGAGAUCACUUCUCAGCACACACCAGAGGACACACACGGGGGAGAAGCCCUACGUUUGCAGGGACUGUGGGCGAGGCUUUACACAGAGAUCACUUCUCAGCACACACCAGAGGACACACACAGGGGAGAAGCCCUACGUUUGCAGGGAGUGUGGGCGAGGCUUUACGCAGAGAUCACAUCUCAAUAGACACCAGAGGACACACACAGGGGAGAAGCCCUACGUUUGCAGGGACUGUGGGCGAGGCUUUACACAGAGAUCACAUCUCAGCACACACCAGAGGACACACACAGAGGCUUUACCAAUAAAUUGCAUCUCCACUACCAAAGAACAAAUGUAG